AUGUUACGCCCCAGAAAGCCAAUGGAACAGCUUGACGACUAUUUUGCCGAUUUAUCGAAUCCAUCUGAAGAUGACGACCACAACAUACUCCCGCAAGCGUCACCAAGGAACACACAUCUAAACAAAGAAGACAAUGAUCGUAUUAUGGCUUAUUGGAAAUUAAAACACAGUAUGCCUGACCACGCGUUGAAUGACUUACAUCAAAUUCACACGUCUGUACCAAGUGUCUGGUCGAUAAGAAAUAUACGCCGGAGACUAAACAACAACAUUCAUGUGAAGAAUACAGAAUUUGGCUCAUAUAUUACGAUGGAAGAUGCUACUAAAACUUUAAUUCAUAUAAAUGGCUCAAUAAUGACAAAAAUACGAAGAACUAUGACAAUUCGGUUAUCUAUUGACAGGACACAAAUAGGCGAAAAAUUAAAACUUCUUGUUCUAUGUAUUAGCUGUACACAAUUUAAUUCAACGCAACAAAUUUCGUCCAAAUUAUUACCAAUUGGAUUAUUUAAAAUUGAUAUAAAAGAUUAUGAAACAGUCAAAAAAGUUAUACCCAAUGAAAUUAUUCUUAGUAUAAUUCAAGAAAGCAAAUUAAUUGUUAAUGGUGAAGAAUUUUCGAUUAAGUUCAAAUUGGCAUGUGACUACAAGAUGUUACUGAUUUUAUUUGGGCUCAAUGCAGUUAGCGGUACAUACGUCUGUCCAUGGUGUAAAGUAACAACGGCAACUAUUAAUCAAUUAGGAAGUUUUUCUGCAUUUGGCAGGAGUAAAGGAGCAAGAAAUAUGGAAGAGGCAAAAGAAGAGUUCAAAAACUAUUGA